UCGGGGAAUAACUGGGCCGGCCUUGCAUAUGAUCCCCAACAACACAUCCCUGGAUCCCAUUCCAAAACAUUCACUGUCACUGAGCGGCAGCAAUGACUGAGAUUUUGGAGGAGCGGCCUUUCGGCUCGCACUACACCAACGUCUAUCUCUCGAUUUUUGUUCUUUUUUGCUUCAAAUUAUUCCUCAAGAUCAGUUUAAACAUACUGACCCACUUCUAUGCGGUCAAAGGAAACCGUAAGGAGGCAGCCCGGAUCGCAGCUGAGUUCUAUGAUUUUGGCCAAGGGCACAGUUCGUGGGCGGAUCGCUCUCCCCUCCAUGAAGCUGCGUGUCAGGGUCGACUUCUGGCGCUUAAGACUCUUCUCUCACAGGGAUACAGUGCAAAUAUCAUCACCAUUGAUCAUGUGACUCCUCUCCACGAAGCUUGUCUGGGAGAUCAUGUAGCAUGUGCCAGGGCCCUCAUAGAAGCUGGUGCCAAUGUGAAUGCCACGACCAUUGAUGGCGUGACCCCACUGUUUAAUGCCUGCUCGGCAGGAAGUGUCACCUGCACAGAGGUGCUUUUGGAACAUGGAGCAAAACCACAGGCAGAAGUGUGCCAGCCUUCACCCAUUCACGAAGCCUCCAGCAAAGGCCGAGCAGCAUGCAUAGAGUCUCUCAUCUCCUGGGGAGCAGAUGUAGAUUAUGACAUCCCUCAUCUAGGAACACCUCUUUACAUUGCCUGUGUCUCUCAGCAGCUCCAGUGUACACAAAAGCUUCUGGAUGGAGGAGCAAAUGUUCAGAAGGGCCGUUUUCUGGACACACCGCUGCAUGCUGCAGCACAGAAGGACUGCCCAGAGAUCAUCAGAGUGCUACUAGACUUUGGCGCUAACAUCAACUCUCGCAACCUGGAGCUACAAAGGCCGGUGGAAACAGCGCCACCCAGCAGUGCGGCAGAGGCUGUGCUUCUUCUUUACGAGGCCACGCCGCGGUCGCUCUGUCAGCUGUGUAGACUGAGUAUCAGGAACUACAUGGGCCGAUCCAGACUGCAUCUGAUUCCUCACCUCAAACUACCUACACUGCUCAAGGGUUUCCUCCAGUACAGAUAGAUUUUCUGCCUCCAACCAUAAACCCCUUUCCACUUUUAUUUUCUUAUAUUAAGUGCAUUAAUACACAAAAAGGUCACAACCAACGCACAAAAAAGAUCAUGCUAGCCAUUCACACUUCCAAGUUUUAUUUAACUAAUAUAUAUUUUUGUGCAACCAAUGUACUUUAGUUAUAUUAUUGUAAAUAUCUUCACAAGAGUAAUGUAAAUUUGUCAUUUUAAUCUGCAUGUUGUUAUAUAUCAAUAUAAGCUGCAUGCCUAAUAUUUAUCACAUCAGGAUGAAAUUAUUGAAGCGCAUGCCAGUAUAUUGAUUUUUACAUUUUUUACCAGAGAAAUCUAAAAAAACGAUAUUCCCAAAAGCACGGUUUUCACAAAAUCUAAUGCUGUCAUUUAUUUCCACAGCUUCCCAAGUUAAUUGCAUCCUGAAAGCCACUGGAAUCAAUUUAAUACUGUAUUCUAGCUAAACAUUUUGUUGCCAAAACAAAGCAUGAUAUACACAGUAACUUACGCAUAAAUAAAAAUUAUAUGUAAAAUUGGACGAUUUAAUUGGUCUCACUUUUCUUUGUUAUUGCUGUUGCUACUGUAAAUGUAUUAUUAUUUCAGUCCUAAUCAAUAAACUAAUCAUUUCAUGUUUA